AUGUACACAUUUACUAUUACAUUGCCAAUCGCCAAUAAUGCGAGCGCAAAGGACAAAGUAGAUAGGCGUAUCCGAAGACCGUGGGGAACGACCGGUAUCGGCCCUUCGGCAAAACCCGAUCGAACCCCUUUUUUUCUCCGAUGCAUAUUAUCGCAUAUCGGUUCUAACCGUUCACUCGGAUUUCAAACACCUCAGUACGACCGUCGAUUCAGCGUUGGCCAUGUCACUAUCAGGGAACGAGCGUUAAAAACCUGUGAUCGCUAUCGGACUUCCACAACUUGUAUCAAUUCAAGUGUUCAGCAAAAUCCAUGUUACGGGGAAAAAAUAAUUGGAGUAUAUAUUAUGCAAAAGAACAAAUACAUUAAGACUUCAUGAUAAAAAAAAUUCACAAACUAUCAAAAUAUUUUACUAUUUUUAAAUUUUGAUGAAAAAUGAAGUCGUUUAAUUCGGAAAAGUAUUAU